AUGCCCGGAAAAACACCCAGCCGCAACGGCAAGGAGCCCAUCGAGACCCGCAAGAACCAAGACGUUGACAUGACCGAUGAGAAGGCGUCACUGAAGGGCAAGGGCAAGGGCAAGAAGGUUGCCAAGGAGGGCGAAGACAUGACAGUCGUCGUGCCCCCGUCGAAAAACAGCAAACAGUCAUCUGCACCCCCGCCCGCCGAUGCUGAUGGCGAUGUUGACAUGGACGACACGGACAAAGCCGAUGACCUUGAGGUCAAGGUAGACCCAGUCACUCAGGCCAUCGCAGAUAUCAAGAGCAAUUUCGCUCUGCUCGACCGCGCUGUGAUCUUGUUUGAUGCCAGAUUCACACUGAGAGCUCUGCGGUCCAUCUCAUCCCUGCGCAAGCGUCUUACCCCCGACAUUCUCGCACAAGCCAUCGCCGAGUCCUUCUCGGCGGCAUCGUCGUCAACAAACGUCGCCAAGGCCCUGUUGGCCGCUAUCGGCAAGCAGAAUGUACAGCUUGGCCGUCAACCCGGAGCCGAGAUAGAGAUCGACAGCGAGACAAAGGCGUCGGCAAAGAACGGCAGCAGCAAGAAGGACAAGGAGCCUCUCCCCGAGGUUGAUAUCUUCCUGGGCAUCCUCGUCCAGGUUUAUCUGUUUGACCACAAGGAGUACCAGCAGGGCGUCAGGUUCUCCGAGUACCUCUCAGACCGUGUCCAGUCCCUCAACCGGAGAACUCUCGACUCCCUCUCUGCUAAGGUCUACUUCUACUACUCCUUGUUUGCAGAACAGCUCGCCCCUGCGCCACCAUCCCCUCAGUCGCCUGUCGUCUUGCUUCGACCUACAUUGCUCGCGGCCCUCCGAACGGCCGUCCUGCGAAAAGACGUCGAUGUUCAAGCCACUGUCAUUGUGCUUCUGCUACGCAAUUACCUCUUGACGUCGCAUAUUUCGCAAGCCGACCUCCUCGUAUCUCAUACACAGUUCCCCGAGAACGCCGCCAACAACCAAGUAGCGCGCUUUUUUUACUACCUGGGUAGAAUCAGAGCUAUCCAGCUGCGAUACACCGAGGCGCACGAGCACCUGACCGCUGCCACUCGUAAGGCGCCUGCCAGCUCAUGUGCCCUGGGUUUCUCUCAAACCGCCACCAAGCUACUCUUGGUGGUCGAGUUGUUGAUGGGCGACAUCCCCGAGAGGGCCACAUUCCGUGCCGCCAACAUGGAGCAGUCUCUGCACCCAUACUUCCUUCUUGUUCAAGCUGUCCGGGUGGGUAACCUGGAGGACUUUGAGACAACUAUUGCCGAUCAUGCCGAGACCUUCCGCCGCGAAGGUACUUACACUCUCAUCCUGCGCUUACGCCAGAACGUCAUCAAGACCGGUAUUCGAAUGAUGAGCUUGAGCUACAGCCGUAUCUCGCUUCGCGAUAUUUGCAUCCGUCUCCAUCUGGGAAGCGAAGAAAGCGCAGAAUACAUUGUGGCAAAGGCAAUCAGGGAUGGCGUCAUCGAGGCAACCCUGGACCGCGAGAACGGCUUCAUGAAGAGCAAGGAAGUUGGCGAUGUUUACGCCACGAGGGAGCCAGGCGAGGCUUUCCACGAUCGUAUUCGUGCCUGUCUCGCGCUGCAUGACGAGAGCGUCAAGGCUAUGCGCUUUCCCAUGAACCAGCACCGUUUAGAACUCAAGAAUGCACAAGAAGCUCGAGAGCGUGAGCGGGAGAUGGCCAAGGAGAUACAAGAUGGCGACCUAGAUGAGGACGAUCUUGGUGGUGACUUUGAGGGAAUGUAA